AUCUUCUUUCUGUCGGUGUUUUCUACUUUCUUUUCUGUUUAUUCUCCUUGCUGCUUCUUUAUGACUAUUCUACCACCGGAAAUUAUCGAUCUCGUUCUCUCUUUUGUGGAUCCUUCAACUUUAUUUGAAUCAUGUCAAGUUUGUCAUUCGUGGCGUCAGUUAUCCUAUACCCAUCUUCAGCGUUACGCUCAGAAUAUCACGGUUCGACUGUGGAUCUGUCAACCGGGUACCACGUCUCAUAAACCGCUAGACUUCGAUUGGCAGGCCAAAGAGAGCCGGAGUGAUAAGCUGGUCUUUUCGUUCCAACCCAAGAACGGGCCAUCUUCAUUCACCAAACCAUCAGAUACCAACCAGUUACCUCACAUUGAUGGUUGCACUGUCAUUGUCCAUCAUGCCGAUACCCGCCGUCGCCAGAUCUUUAGUCUAUCUUAUAAUCCCAUCGCGUUGCCGUUAUCUGCACAAGAUCAAUCCAGCCAAUGGAUUCAGUAUGAACCCCUGGCAACGUCAAAUUUGAUAUACAAGUAUCCAUGGCACCUCAGCUAUGACUGUGAGCAGGGAUCCAAUGAAAAGAUGAACGUGGUUCCCCGCCAAUUCAUCUGUUCGAUGGAUUUUGUGAACCCAAUAUUAUUGGAGGCAUCGUCCAGAGGCAAUAUGGCUAGGAUCCCUGUUACCGCUAGUCCUAAACUUCCGUCACCACACCCCUCGAAAGAAGCUAAAUCAUUGAAAUUACCAUCUAUGGAAUCUGCAUUGGCAGUGUCAUCAUCGCCUCCCGUCUCUCCUUAUUAAAUGUUCAAUGUUCAUUUUUGGACUGAUUUUGAACCGCAUACCCAUUACAAAAUAGCAUACGUAGAUUGUCCGCAAAUGUCGCAGUCUUUUAUUGGUUUUACAAAUAUAAUACACAUCGAAAAAAAAGAAACGGUUUGCAGAAAAUAAAAAUAAAGUAAAAGACAUGUUGAAGCAAUAUACACAGGAGUUUCUUUGUGCGGGUCGAAGGGAGGCCGAACCAAAUCAGUGAAUAGGCCAAUUACAGAUAAAUGCCGAGCACAGACCAAUCGGCGUCCGCAGCCAGGUUUUUUCCGUCUUUUGUACGAUGAUGGUCGUAGUAGGGCUGAUGAAGCGGUGGAUACAAGGACGGUUGUUGUUGCUUCAUCUCAUCGUCGAGACCAAACACCUUCGACAUGAAAGAAGUGAUCGAUUUUAAAAUAAAAAGAAAGAUAAUAAUGUAAUGAAGCGCCAUUGUGAAGUAGAUAGGAAAAAGAGCG